GGGUCCAGUGGGGCAGCAGCGGAAUAUAAAAUGGAACCAAACUAACAGUCAAAUCAUUCGAAGUCUACCGUACAACGAACAACAAACCCUAAAACAAAAUGUUCAAAUUAGUCGUUCUCGCCAUGUUGGUCUGCGCUGCCAGCGCUGGUAUUAUUGCCGGAGGAUUGGGACAUGGUGCAGUUGUAGCUGCCCCGGCUGUAGCCGUUGCUCAUGCUCCUCUUGCUUCAUCUUAUCAAAACUCCAACCAAAUUAGUCUCCAUCCCACAGCUGUAGUAGCGACUCAUGCUGUUGCUGCCCCCGUAGCGGUUGCUCACGCUGGUCCUGUUGCUGUUGCCCAUGCCCCCGUAGCUCUCGGAGCUGUUGGUAUUGGUCUUGGCCACGGACUUCUUCAUUAGGCGUCAAAUAACAAAGAGAUGAGCAGCGUUUUUUGAAAACAAAAUUUUAAAAUUAUUUAUUGUUUUCGAAUUUACAUUAAAAUAAACUUAUUUAUUAAUAA